GCUGGUAGUCGUGAUAGAAGCUUCCGAGCGGACGUACGUGUGACGUCACUUCCCUCCAUGUUUUAACGCUUAAACUUUAGAGGCACUGGUUAGCGUCAAGUGCUAAGCCUGAGCUAGCCGUCAGCUAACCCCGAACUACUGUGCGUUUCCGUCCGAGCGACGUGUGGACGACAGCAGUGGUCGGUUCAUUUACCGAGGUGGACGUGACGCCAGAUGUAAAGUAGCAGCUAGCGCUAACGUGAGAGGGAUCAGUGCAGCAUUAAGCUAGCAGGCUAACAAGCUAACACGCGGCCGAGCAGCGCGUCGCCAAUUAGUGUUUUUUCCAGACUUCAUCUGUCACCAACACAGGAGAUCGAGCUCCGUGCGGGUCUCGGUGUGAGCUCUGCCCACUGGCCCAUGCCCUCUGACAGCUAGCCGGGGGAGCCGAGGAGGUAACCAGCCGACAGUCCUGCUCAACAUGGAGGAUGAAGAGGUCGCAGAGAGCUGGGAGGAGGCGGCGGACAGCGGGGAAAUAGAGAGAAGGCUUGAGGCUAAACUGAAAAUAAAUCAGGAGGCAAAGAAGUCCAGCUUGGGAUCAGGUUGCUCACCUGUUCAAACUGCUAUUGUUAUCCAAGAUGACUCUCUGCCUGCAGCACCCCCACCACAAAUUCGAAUUUUGAAACGUCCGUCAAAUAAUGGUACCGCAGGAAACCUUGCAUCCUCGAAUCGUCCCUCUCAGCAGAUGAAGUCUUUGGCCCAGCGGGAGGCAGAGUACGCAGAAGCCAGAAGAAGGAUCUUGGGUAGUGCGUCUUCAGAUGAAACGCCUCCGGACAAUCCUUCCCAGGACAGGCCAGCUCGUAUGAGCGUGCAGCAACCAUCGGAACAAGGUCGUCCAAACACUGAUGUGAUCCGCCAGCCAACUGGCCCAGAUGGCACCUCAGGCUUCAGACUCUGCAGAUAAAGAGGCUCCACCUGCUGCAAGGAAUCCGCUGUCUCCCUGAGAGGGCAUAAAGGGUGGCAGUUCAAGGGGUUAUGUGUGGUAUGAAGAGCAGAGUGGUGGGAUGACACAAAAUUCGACAGACAUUAGAAAUAUGAAGACAUAGCAUGGAUUGAAAUGAACUCCUCCACCCUCUCUCUACUCUGCUUUCUGGCAUGGUCUUUGCCUUUCACCUUGUCUUUUUCCUUCUGUGGAAUAUGCAAGGGGCUGGCAGAGAUCAGCCAAAGAUCUGAAACCCCCUCUGUUCCACACUGUGAACGGCUUUUGCCUCACAUCCCCACACACUGUGAUACUAUGAUGUUCCGUGAGGUGCCCCAUGAUUUUACGUAUGAUUGGCCGGCCGAGUGCCAGGGCAUCAGGUGCCUGUCUCUUCAGGGAGAAUAAGAGGAGCUGGAGAUCUGUGGGAAUUCCCCUGAGAGGUGCAAGCGGAGGAGCCGGCCUUUCCAUUGAUGGGGUGUGGAUCACGGCUGGGUGUCCACCGGGUCGAUGGCCUCAGUUUUUUGGGUUCAGUGGAAAAUGUAGUGUUUGGCAUUGCUGAGAGUUUACUGUGUGUUCAGCAGCUUGAGUGAGAGGUGAGAAAAAGUCAAACUGAUCCAACGCUUAGUUCAGAAGAGCGUUUUUAUACCGUAGUUGCAUAGCAAUGGCAGAGGCUCAGACCAGCAGUUUCCACAGGCCACAGUCCUCUGAAUGGCUCUGGUGGCUAUUAAAGAGAUGCCCGGUGGGCACGCAGCCUUUGGCCAAAGAUUACAGAUCGGAAGGUCGGAAUGUCACUAAAUCUAAGUUUAUUCAAGCAAUAAAGACGAAGUCACUCCCUGGAUUAUUUUUUACAUAUUGCCUAUUUACCUGUGCUGUGUUUUCAAAUUAUGUUUCGUUUCAAACAGCUGACAAUGUUUCUUCAUGUUUGUGUUUUUUUUUUUAGAUCAGUAGUGUAUCAGAGAUUAGAUGAUGUAGCGUGCAUAUGAAACUUUAUUGGUAGUAAUUUUAAAUUUGAUCAAAGUGGAUAAAAACAGACCUAUUCAUGAAUUGAAAAUGGUUAUCAUGCAUAUAUGUCCCUGUGUGUUUUGCCUUGCUGUUUAUAAACGGAAGUGCUCAACUGGAUAUCUUACAGCCAACAGUACUACAUCUGUUUAGAAAAGAGGACUCUGAUCUGUUUUCGCACCAGUUGAUAGAAGUAUUUUGACCGAUUGCGUUAUUAGGUCAUGGUUUGGUCUUCAGAAAUAACUAUUUGAUGCUCAGCUUGGCGGAUGACAUCAUCACAAGUCAGGGAAAUUUCUGUCAAACUGCAAAAAUGAUUACAAAGAUAUUAGAAAGCUCAUCUUUUAAUCAGUGUCCUUUUAGAACGAAGCCAAAUUCUGCUGCCUGGUUUUGAUGAAUGUUUUUCAUGUGUUUUUCACGCGAAGGGAUUUUACAGCAUGGUUUGCCACCGAUUAAAAAUAGAAGUUUGCAAACCAUGAAAUCAAUAAUCUCAUCAAAUACUGAUGAGUUACCAUUACUGAUAAUUACUGCAACCAUUUUUGAACCCUUUGACACUUGUAUGCCUUAAAUGACAAAUGAUCCCUGGUUACAUGUGUUCCCUUUCCAAUGGGUAGUGCUUGUUAGUCUUAAGCUUUUUGUGCACCUGUGAUAGUUUUAUUAUUUUACUUAAUAAAUCAUUGAGGUACAGUUAAUAGCUGCAAGAGUGUUAGGCAAGUGUUAGGAUACAAAAUCACACUCAGUAAAGAUGAAAUAAUGCUUUUCUUACAGAAACAUUUAUGACUGUGCUUAGACCAUCAUUUAUCCAUAUAAUUUCCAGUGACAGUAAAACCAUUGAUCGGAAAUAUUUACAAAAAAAGAAUGAGUUGAAACUAUUAUAACAAUUUGCCUCUACACAGCAACAAUUUUCCCACUUAAAUUAACCUCACUCACCAGAGAAGAAUAUACAUUUAGGGUCAGAGGAGAGCAUGGUUCACUAAUGUCUGGGAAUUUUUUUGUUUUGUUGUUCGAUGACAGCAAUAUACGUUUCUAUUGCAGCUCUUACAUCUCAAUUUUUUUGUUUUAAGAGAUAAUACAGCCUACACUGUAGUCUUAAUAUACUGUUCCCAGGGAUCUGGUUCAAUUAUUCAAAUAAAAUGGAUUUGCUAUCAUUUUAAAUUGAUAAUUAAAAGCAAAACCCAUCCUGUAUCUGUGAUCUACACAUUAAGCGUUGCUUCAGUCAUUCACAGCUGCCUGUCUACUUUAAGGCUGAUUUGAUGUCAUUCUUGUUUUGAAACUUGAAAUUCACAAAUGAAAUUUGAAUACCCUUUAAUAAACUCACUUCAAACUUGG